AUGCGGUCCCUCGCUGCGCGCUUAGCCGCCCCCUGCAUCGCGCUUGCAGGCGCAGCUCUUGCCGGGCUGCCGUACAACGUAUCCAUCGCCUACCAGCAGAACGCAAAAGACUACUAUCUCCAAGCAUGGUACGGAGACGGCAACCUGUACGUCGGGCCGAACGUCCCUCCCAGCAUCAAGACCGUCUUUGACUUUACCGUUCCCAACAUCCGCGCCGACCUGCUCUACGUGGAGCCCACGACGCCGGGCGCGAGGCUGCCGAACCCCACGUUCCUGGUGGUCAACAAUGCGCCAGGGGCGUCGGACCCUGUCUUCUUCGCGCACAGCGCGGCGGACCUGACGGAGGAUGACCGGCUGUUCUGGUUCCGCUAUGGCAAUGUGCUGUUCCCCAUCUUGCAGGACAACAGCAUCCAGAACUACUUCCACCUCGACGAGGUCCCCGGCACCCCCGGCACCUACCUCGUCCGGUGGAGGGAGGGCGUGCUAGCCGCUGUUUCGUCCAAGGACAAGACUGCCAUGGUCAACGUCGAGCUGAUAGCCUACACUCCGCCAUCGUAA